GUGAUGGGAAGAGAAAGAGAGACUGUGAGUGAGAUUCAGGCCUUGCCCACGCAAAGAAGUGGGAGACUGUACCUCUCUCUCUCUCUCUCUCUCUCUCUCACCACACACACAGUCAGUGUAUCAUGCUUGCACUGUGUGGGCUGAGCUGAGCAUUCCUAUCAUAGAGUUAGAGACUCACUGCCUCCGCUCGCUCUCUCUCUCUCUCUCUCUCUCUCUCUCUCCCUCUCUCCUCCUAUUUCUCUCUUUCCCUUUCCCUCUAUCUCUCCUCUUUUCUCCCUCUCCUCUCUUUCUUACUCACAUACGUCCAAAUACAGAAUUCCACACAUAAAUACACACUUUCACAAACCAGAGAGACGGAUCCUCACAUAGGAAGUGGAGAUGGUGUGGCAUGUGUGCCCUGGUUUUAUUGGGCAAAGUUUCCUGGUGAACCAUUUUUCUGGUUGCCAUAGUGAUGGAGCUAGGACUUGGAGAGGUGCAGUGGUACUGGGAUGCAGUGACAGCUCUUAGCAUGUGAAUUCUCACACUGAGAUAUGGAGAUGCACUGAGUCGCAGAACGGAGACGGCGAUGGCGAUGAGGGUUGUGAGGCUGACGUGUUGAGCAGAACGCACACACACACACUCUCCCAGAGCAUGCCUAUCAGUCCACCUGCCGACGGCAAACAUGAGGGUCUCGACCGGCCGCGGCAACAACACGCCCCUACCAACGGUAACUACGGAGAUGACAGCAUUCGGGCCUCUCCUGGGACUAAAUCUACCUCCGAACCUAUGGAGGAUCUCCACGGAAACGCAGUUGUCAUCCGCAUCGGAAUCCCUGAUCUGCAGCAAACGAAAUGCCUGCGAAUGGAUCUUGAAGCUCCAGUUUGGGUUUGUAAGCAGCGAGUUCUGGUCACUUUGACACAAAGCCUGACUGAUGUGCUUAACUAUGGCCUCUACCUCCCAGCCUUUAACGGGCGCGCCGGAAAGUUCCUCGAUGAGGAGAGAUUGCUCAGCGAGUACCCUCUCCCUACGGUCACACCCGUCCCAUACCUAGAAUUCCGGUAUAAGAGGCGUGUUUACACUCAGAGCUAUGUAGAUGACAAGCAACUGGCUAAAUUACAUACCAAGGCCAAUUUAAAGAAAUUUAUGGAGUGUGUUCAACAGAGGAGCGUAGAGAAGGUCUGCAGGUUUUUGGAGAAAGGGCUGGACCCCAACUUUCACGAUACUGACAGCGGAGAAUCUCCUCUGACUCUCGUGGCCCAGCUGGACUCAUGUGGCGAUCUGAUCAAGGUGUUGAGGAGCGGAGGGGCUCACCUGGACUUCAGAACCAGAGACGGCCUGACUGCGCUGCACAAAGCAGUCCAAACGCACAACCAUGUAGCACUGACUACAUUGUUGGAUCUGGGUACCUCUCCAGACUAUAAAGACAGUCGUGGGCUCACCCCCCUCUAUCACAGCGCGAUGGUCGGGGGAGAUCCGUACUGCUGUGAGCUGCUGCUGUACGAUCACGCCCAGCUGGGGUACAGUGAUGAGAACGGCUGGCAAGAGAUUCAUCAGGCUUGUCGUCAUGGAAACGUGCAGCACCUUGAGCACCUGCUAUUCUAUGGAGCGGAGAUGAGUGCCCAGAAUGCCUCAGGAAACACAGCGCUACACCUGUGUGCCCUCUACAACCAGGAAGGCUGUGCUAGAGUUCUCCUGUUUCGAGGAGCAAAUAAAGAAAUCAAGAACUACAACAACCAAACAGCAUUUCAGGUUGCAAUCAUCGCAGGGAACUUCGACCUGGCAGAAAUCAUCAAGAUCCAUAAAACCUCAGAUGUUGUGCCUUUCAGGGAGACCCCCUCGUACUCGUCUCGGCGUCGUGCGGUCUGCAUAUCCCCACGUCGCUCUCUGAUGCGAUCGGCCAGCGAUAAUGCUCUGGAUGAGAGUCUGCCCGCCCCGUCUCCGGCCCCCUCGCUUCGCAGUCUGCCCCCACUAGAGCCUGAUGACAACCUGCCCACCCAGCGCAGCCCCCAAGCUGCUCACACACACACGCGGAGCCUCAUGAGACACACACGCGGACAUCUGAGCCCUGGCAGUCCCGUACAAAGAGAGCCGAGUCCUCCUGCUGUGUCUCGAGGUCCAAAGCGGCGACUCUACAGCGCGGUGCCCGGCCGCACUUUCAUCGCCGUCAGCUCCCACAACCCACAGGGUGAGGGUGAGAUCACGCUGAACCGUGGAGAGAGGGUCAAAGUGCUAAGCAUAGGUGAGGGAGGAUUCUGGGAAGGCUCGGUCAAAGGACGAACCGGCUGGUUUCCUGCUCACUGUGUAGAGGAGGUCCAGAUGAGACAGUAUGACCCCCGACUCGAGACGAGAGAAGAUCGCACCAAGAGACUUUUUAGGCACUACACUGUUGGCUCCUACGACAAUUAUACCUCCUACAGCGAUUAUGUUAUAGAAGAAAAAAGUGCAACACUGCAGAAAAGAGACAGCGAAGGAUUCGGCUUCGUGCUUCGGGGAGCUAAAGCCGAGACGCCCAUAGAGGAGUUCACGCCAACACCUGCGUUUCCUGCCCUGCAAUAUCUGGAGUCAGUGGACCUCGAGGGGGUGGCAUGGAGGGCAGGAUUAAGGACGGGGGAUUUCCUCAUAGAGGUGAACGGGGUGAGUGUGGUAAAGGUUGGCCACAGGCAGGUGGUUUCUCUGAUUCGGCAGGGUGGGAGUCGCCUUGUAAUGAAGGUGGUGUCCGUCACACGCAAACCUGAUACGGGGGAUGUGGUCCGCAAGAAAGCCCCCCCACCUCCUAAAAGGGACCCAAGCACCAGCCUGACCCUACGCUCCAAAAGCAUGACCGCAGAACUGGAGGAGCUGGCGUCGAGGAGACGGAGGGGAGAGAAGUUGGAUGAGAUGUUAAGUUCACCAAAAGAACCUGUUGUAGUGAUGAGGCCACGCCCCCCUGAUGCAGACUCCAGAGCGGCCACUGUGAAACCCAGACCGACGAGUCGACGCAUCACACAAGCUGAGAUCAGUUCCUUGUUAGAGAGACAGGGUUUGCCAGGAGUGUCCUUGGGUGUGGACAGAAGUCACAUGCAGCUUCCUCGUGGGAUGUCCAGAACCAAGUCAUUUGGUGCUCCUGAAGAUGAACGAAUUUCUGCCCUGAUUGGAGAGCAUCGCUUCCCCCGAAGCUCCUCAAUGACAGACAGCUUUAGGCAAGACAGCAUUCCACCCCCUCCGCAGACAGCUCCUCCACCACCUCCGACUCCCUACUUUCUUGAUUCAGGGCCACCUCCUUCAUUUCUUCCUCCUCCGCCCCCCUCUCGCGCUGCCAACCAGAGCCGAUCUAGCUUUCGCCCGGGGGUCGAGCCUAAGCUCCACGGCCCAGUCAUGACUGAUCGCCAACGGAAAACCCGUUCCAUGAUCAUUCUUCAGGACACCGCCCACUUGCCAGUGGAGCCUGCCACUAUAGCAAGACCGCAAACGCCUACCUCCGGAGCUGUUCCUCCUGAACGUGGCCGUAGGCGCGGGCCAGCUGUCGAGAACCCAUACGCUAACGUAGGUCGCUUUAGUGCUGUCUACACUCCAGCCAAGCCUCAACGUAGGAAGAGCCCUCUAGUCAAGCAAGGACAAGUUGAAGAAGGUGCUCAGACAAGCAGAGACCCCUCUCCCUUGGGAGGGUUACGGAUUCCCCACAGCAGCAGGGCAGAGCAGUUCCAACAGCAGGUACUCUCAGAGCGAGCCAGGAUCACACCCCCUGGGGCUCGACGCAGGCCAAGCGUUUUCCUGUCUGUGGAAGGGGGCGCAACAGAACCACAGACGACCCCGUUACUGUCUCAGUCUCACUCUGUGGACGAAUUGGCUGAGUUGCCUCCACCCGCACCUAUGCUCUCCCCUGGCCCACCACCAGGGGGCACCACUUUUAUACAUCCUCUAACAGGUCGACCACUGGAUCCCUCAUCGCCAUUAGCACUUGCACUGGCUGCACGAGAACGGGCUCUUAGUGGCCGGACUACACCCACUCCUACACCGUCACCCACACCUUCUCCCACUCAAGGCAGAGCAGUGGAGAGGCCAGAGACAGAGGGAGGAGCUACACCUCCUGCUCCUCUUGAGGCUCCUCCUUCAAAUUCAUGGCGAGAUGAACCUGUCAGUAUCACAGAGUCAACUAGCCAAGUGACUAGCGGUAGCCCAGGGUCUGGAAGAAGCUUAGAAGAGUCAUUAGCGCCACCGAGCGUUCAAGGCGUCCAAUCUACACUUAUGGAUACAGAGCAUAGUCAACCAGCAGUCCCACCCCCCAUGCCCUCCCCUGCCCCCACCCUUUCCAAUCUGACCGCACGAAGUCUGACUAUGAGCUCGGAGGAGGAUGCAGAGCCCUACACAGUGACUCUGCCCCCUGCUCUGCUCUCUUCAAGCGACGAGGAAACAAGAGAGGAGCUUCGAAAGAUAGGCCUCGUGCCACCCCCUCAACCCUUCUCGAAUGGCCUUCUAAUUAAAGAAACACCCAGAGUCACUCUAAGCAUUUCACCUACUGGAUCACGACCAUCUAUUGCCAAGACUUCCUCUGGUAAAGCAAGUGAUUCAACUGUGGACUCUGGGGUUGAAGACCCUCAUAUGGAGACCACCAGUACUGUUUCCACCGUCUCCAGCAUGUCCACCUUGUCUUCAGAGAGCACAGAUUCCGCUCAUGCAAGCAAACCACGUUGCGGGGUGGGGCGUGGUCGCCCCGCCCAUCUCAGGGACCCACUGCUUAAACAGUCAUCAGACAGCGAGCUGCUUCCACACCCACCCAGCACAGGCCCCACCCGUCCACGCUACCUAUUCCAAAGACGCUCCAAACUCUGGGGGGAGGAUCCCCGGACCCAGGUGGGUGGGGCUGAUGAAAGUCGGCCUGCUGCUAUGGGGGCAGAGUUACUAGGUAAAGACACUCAUUCACUGGGGGAAGAGCCACCAAUGGGAGCACCGCUUGACCCUGGCAGGAGGUCACCUGUGGGAGGAGCCAGAUGUGAGGAGAAUGGAGGAGAGAGUAAAUCACUAUUUAGCAGUUUAGGUGAGCUUCACACCAUUUCCCAGAGGAGUUACGGCCCCACCUUCACCAUCCGGCCUGGUAGCCGAUACCCUGUGACCCGUAGGACUCCCAGCCCUGGAGCCACCCCUGAACGGAGUGAACCGCUGGGCCCCGUACGUACUUUCGGUCCCCAUCACCACCAUCACACCAUCCUCAAAUCCUCUAGCCUGAGUUUACCCCAGGAGCCCAAGGAGGUGCGUUUCGUCAUGAGGAGCGCCAGCGCCCGAGCACGCAGCCGAUCUCCAUCACCUUCCCCAUGCGCUUCCCCUUGCCCCUCACCGGUCCUUGGAGCCCCACUUCUCGCCCUGCGACCAUUCAGACAGCGCCCCCUAGCACUUUGGAGUAAGUAUGACGUGGGAGAAUGGCUAGAGAGUGUAGGACUAGGGGAACACCGGGCCCGCUUUUUGGAGCAUGAGAUUGAAGGUGCGCACCUGCCUGCCCUCACCAAGGACGAUCUGGCCGAGUUAGGAGUGACGCGAGUGGGACACAGAAUGAACAUUGAACGUGCGCUAAAGCAGCUGCUAGAUAGUUGAGGAGAACAAAAAUACAGGAAAUAGUUCCCAUUACUAAAUCUUUUAAAUUGUUACAAAGAAACUUAAGACGAGUUCUCCACAGAUUAAGACCUAAUGACCCCACUCACACAACAUACUAGCCAUGCACCCUUGAUUUUACACAUCUUCACAUUCAUCACUUCCAUCUGCUAAGAGUAAAACUGAAAUGCCGGAAAGGAGCAUGGACCCAUUGCGCACUAUCGAUCAAAUUUACUGGCCGUGUUUUUUGUUAAAUAGGUUUCUUGCACAAUAACACAUGAAUCUGCCAGCAAGCAGCCAUUUCUUUCAUGCGCCACUUUUUACAAUUAAACUACGAUAUUAGGCGUGGGACAACACAACAGCCGGAUAUCACAUUGUAAGAGGAAGUAUAAGUAAAUCUACACACACUUCAACGAGAGAGACAUCUAAAAAUCACUUGGAAUCAAAAGGGGAAAAAUGGAAAGCUGGUUCCUCAAACGAUGCCGAUGCUUCCAAGUGCCCAAUAUUUACAGUAUGUCCAUCAACCAUCUCACAACUGGAAAGUAGAGAGCCAUGUUAAUGAUGAUACGAUGCAUCGCUGUGACUGGACUUGCCAUGAGAAUACAACAUGUCCAAAUAAGAAAGGAUCUGACAAUCUGCCCUAAACAAGGAGAAGAAAAACUUCUCCCAAUACAAUACAAGUGUGGCCUUGAGGUAAUACUGCCGCCAUCGAAAAUUUGUUAAAGAUAGAUAUUUUCAGUCACUACAUUCAAUUUUAUAUGUAUAUGAUAUAUAUGGAGUUAUAUAUAUUCAAAAAGGAGAAUGUAUGAGGUGAGAUUUACUUGUCUUAUGCCCUGUGUCAUAUUUGGUCUCUUUAUAUUUGUUAUUUGAUUUGUCAAUUAUAAAGGGAUUCCGUGACAUUAAUACAGUUACUCCUUCCCCCGUAGUACAACUUGUGAUUUGUGACACACAUUUGUGGACUAGCUCAGUUUUUGGGUCAGUUAUUUAAGAACUUUAUUUCAAACAGAGCUUCGACUUACGUCUCUUAUAAAUCAAUUCUCCUUAAGACUUUAUGUAGAAUGUAGUUUCGUUGAAAAACAGGAUUUGAAGUAUUAUGGGAUGUAGGUAUACAUUCAUUUGUUACCUUUUGUAUCUGACAAUUACGCGUCUAGUCGGUUUGUGAAUUUACCAAGACUAUGUUUCUCUCACAUGAUCUAUUUGGUUAUGUAUUGUGCGAUUGCGCAUUAGGAAUUUAACGCUUAUCGAGGCUUUUCGUUUAGAACAAUAUUAGCUAAAUAUAUGCUAACUAAGGGCUUUCACAAAGACAGCAUUAAGCGUUUACAAUUGUUUCUCAAUCUCUUUGGCAAAAUUGUCUAAUCCUCAGCCAUUAGUAAAAUCACACUUAAGUGACUUCAUGACACAUCAACAUAUCCAAGUUAUUCCUCAUGAUUUAAACCCCAAAUACCCAAAGACACUGGGUCUUAUUCAUGAAACAUUUGCAAAUAUGUGAGUAAAUUCCGAGUAAUUUGCGCGUAAAACAGACCUUCCUGAAAACGUUCCUCCGGAUUCACAAAUACUUUGUAAAAGUCAAUUUCGUAGUUAAAUGCGUGUAUGUUAAUGAAUUAUAAUCACUCGUAAACAAGGCGCAUGCACGCUCAUUCACAAUUAGCGUAAUCCCCGCCCAAUACAUUAUAGUUACGCAAAUUACGUAUCUAGAAAUGCUGGAAUCCUCUUGACUUUGAACACAUUUUAUUGAAUAAAUGCAUACGAUUCUAAUAGGCUAUAUGAUUACAAAUCUAUUAAAUUGUGUCACCUAAGCGUUUUUAGUCACGUUACGUGUGGUUUUAAGAACUAUUAACACGUGGUAUGGAGCAGGUGUACAUUUCCUUCGUAACAAUUAACAUUUUGAAAAUACGAAUAUUUUCAUUAAUCCGAAAAUUUACGUCAAAACGACUUUAAGAACGAUUUACACAAAAUUCGUUUCAUGAAUGAGGCCCAUUGAUUUGAAUUGAACAUUCGGCCGAAUCAUCUGAACUGUGAAUGUUUCAUUCUAUUUUACGAUUAUUUUGUUUUAAAAUCCCUCAGAUUGUUUGAUAAUCCAACACUGAGAUUAUAUGCAUCACUAUAAAAGUGAUCUUGACUUGUAUGUUUUGUUCGGGUUCUGCCAACAGAGGAAAAAUCCUUGCACACGUGUCUCCUCCAGUUGAUCAAUUUGCACAAAGAUGUGGGUGCUACUGUUUAUAAGCCAUGUGCAUAAAAUAUAACUGUACUUCCCUCAUCUGCCUCUCAACUUGUCCCUCUUCAGUCCAACUUUCUCUCAUCCACAAUAGUACACGAUUAAAUACUGGUGUAUGAGGCAUCCUUGUUCUUCAGUUUACUACUUUAAGAAGCUCUCUUAUGUUGACUUCUUUUGUAUUCUUUGUUGGAUGAAGUGAUUUGAAGAUUGACUUUUGGACAUGUUUGCUUUAAAAUGAGAAAUAUGUACACAAAAACAUCAUCUGAUUUGUCUGUUAUUAAAGAUAAUCUCUCGGGCUGUGGAGAUUAAUCAUAAUACAUCAUCAUUUGGAGAAAAACAAUCGGUUGGGGUUUAUUCGUCUUUCUUUCAGGAUGGCUAUAGAAUUUUAAAAUAUAUACAAACAUUUUUCUGAUGGCUUUUCUGUGUGUUUGUGUGGAUUGUUGGUGUGUGAAUGCAUCAAGAGGGAGUUUUACAGUAACAUGUGUUGAACGUGUCUUUAUUUCUGAAAAUGAAAUGUUGUUCUUCUACAAUACACAACAAAAGAUUGUGACAAAAUUCCCUAAGUAGGGAAAUUAACAUGUCAAGUUUUAAAAUAAAAGGUUUUACUAGA